UGGUAAUGCACGCUAAAUCAAAUUGCCACAACCCAUUAACGGUAUAGAAAGAAGAGUCUCAGUCAGACCCAACUGGUAGACGGCUGCGAGACUUUUUCUUUCGUAGAUAUAUGCUCGUUGGACUUGUACCCCACGCUAGGGUUUUCACAAAGCCGCAAAUCAUCUUCUACCCCUUGUGCAACCAAGUCCGACUACCAAACUUCCACCAUUUUCACACGCCUCUUCCCCAAUCUUUCUCAGCUAGCAGCGCGCCGGUGGAAUCGGAGAAAAAGCCUGGAAUGGAAGACCCUGAGCGGAAGAAGAAAAAGGAAGAGAAGGCAAGAGAGAAAGAAUUAAAAAAGCAAAAGGCUCUAGAGAAAGCUGCCAAACUUCAGGCUCAACAAGCAUCCAAUGCUCCCAAGAAGAGUGAAAGGAAAAAUGUAAAGCGUGGCACUGAGGAGGAGAAUUUGGAGGAUUUUUUUGACCCAGAGACCCCUUUUGGUGAGAAGAAGCGAAUGUCUCGCCAAAUGGCAAAACAAUAUAGUCCCAGUGCAGUGGAGAAGUCGUGGUAUUCAUGGUGGGAGAAAUCACAGUUCUUUGUGGCAGAUGCUAACAGCUCAAAACUACCAUUUGUAAUUGUUUUGCCACCUCCAAAUGUGACCGGGGCUCUUCAUAUUGGUCACGCUCUUACUGCUGCUAUACAGGACACAAUGAUUCGUUGGCGGAGAAUGUCUGGGUACAAUGUUUUGUGGGUGCCUGGAAUGGACCAUGCUGGGAUAGCCACACAGGUUGUUGUCGAGAAGAAGCUAAUGCGUGAAAGGAAGUUAUCAAGGCAUGAUAUUGGCAGAGAGAAAUUUGUCUCUGAAGUUUGGGAUUGGAAAGAUAAGCAUGGGGGAACCAUAUUACAACAGCUACGUCGUUUGGGAGCUUCUUUGGACUGGUCCCGUGAGUUCUUUACAAUGGAUGAAAAAAGAUCAAAGGCUGUGACAGAGGCUUUUGUGAGGCUUUACAAGGAGGGCCUCAUAUACAGGGAUCUUCGUCUGGUAAAUUGGGAUUGUGUUUUGAGAACAGCAAUAUCUGACAUUGAGGUGGACUAUAUUGAUAUUAAAGAAAGGACUCGACUUAAGGUUCCAGGAUAUGAUAAACCUGUUGAGUUUGGUGUUUUAACUUCAUUUGCUUACCCUUUGGAAGACAAGGAGCUAGGAGAGAUUGUUGUGGCCACUACUAGAGUAGAAACUAUGCUCGGUGAUACUGCAAUUGCUGUACAUCCUGAUGAUAAAAGGUACCACCGUCUCCAUGGAAAAUUUGCUAUUCAUCCUUUUAAUGGAAGACGGAUUCCUAUAAUAUGUGAUGCAAUUCUCGUUGAUCCAGAGUUUGGGACGGGUGCAGUGAAGAUUACCCCAGCCCAUGAUCCUAACGAUUUUGAGGUUGGAAAGCGUCAUAAACUUGAAUUUAUCAACAUAUUUACCGAUGAUGGUAAAAUAAAUGGCAAUGGUGGCUCCGAGUUUGCAGGGAUGCCACGUUUUAAAGCUCGGGAGGCUGUUACAGAAUCACUGAAAAAGAAGGGCCUCUUUAAAGAAGCUAAAACCAAUGAAAUGCGCCUUGGUAUUUGUUCUAGAAGCAAUGAUGUUGUAGAACCCCUGAUAAAGCCCCAGUGGUAUGUUAGUUGCAGUACUAUGGCAAAGAAAUCUCUUGAUGCUGCCAUGGAUGAAGAAGAUAGGAAGCUUGAGAUCAUCCCAAAGCAAUAUAAUGCUGAUUGGAAGAGAUGGCUCGAGAACAUUCGUGAUUGGUGCAUCUCAAGGCAGCUAUGGUGGGGUCACCGCAUACCUGCAUGGUAUGUUACUUUGGAGGAUGAUGAUCUGAAAGAAGUAGGAGCAUACAAUGAUCACUGGUUGGUUGCAAGAAAUGAGGAAGAGGCCCAAGAAGAGGCUAAAAAAAUUUAUGCUGGAAAGAAGUUCCAAUUAAAUCAAGAUCCAGAUGUGCUUGACACUUGGUUUUCUUCUGGCCUCCUCCCAUUGUCUGUGUUGGGCUGGCCAGAUGAUACAGAAGAUCUGAAAGCAUUUUAUCCAACUUCUGUUCUUGAAACUGGGCACGACAUUCUCUUUUUCUGGGUUGCUCGUAUGGUGAUGCUUGGAAUUGAAUUGGGUGGUAAUGUACCUUUUAGCAAGGUAUAUUUGCACCCAAUGAUUCGUGAUGCACAUGGACGUAAGAUGUCAAAAUCAUUAGGAAAUGUCAUUGAUCCACUUGAAGUUAUUAAUGGUAUAACCCUUGAAGGUCUUCACAAAAGGUUGGAAGAAGGUAAUUUGGACCCCAAAGAAUUAGUGGUUGCAAAAGAAGGUCAGAUGAAGGACUUUCCUAGUGGGAUUGCUGAAUGUGGUGCAGAUGCUCUACGUUUUGCUCUUGUCUCUUACACAGCUCAGUCCGACAAAAUAAAUCUCGACAUUCAGAGAGUAGUGGGUUAUCGUCAAUGGUGUAAUAAAUUGUGGAAUGCAGUACGAUUUGCUAUGAGCAGACUUGGAGAAGAUUAUGUUCCUCCCUCAAAUGUAAUUCCAGAUGUCUUGCCAUUUAGCUGUCAGUGGAUACUAUCCGUGUUGAAUAAGGCCAUAGCUAGGACUGUUUCAUCACUUGAAUUAUAUGAAUUCUCCGAUGCAUCCAGUGCACUUUAUUCAUGGUGGCAGUACCAGUUAUGUGAUGUUUUUAUUGAAGUAAUUAAACCAUAUUUUGCUGGAAAUGAUCCCAAGCAUUCAUCUGAAAGGAGUUCUGCUCAAGACACAUUGUGGUUAUGUCUUGACUAUGGGCUGCGUUUGCUCCAUCCAUUUAUGCCAUUUGUUACAGAAGAAUUAUGGCAGCGUCUUCCAUCACCAAAGGAUUGCAAGAGGCCAGCAUCAAUUAUGAUAUGCGAGUACCCAUCCAUUGUAGAGAGCUGGACAAAUGAAAGGGUGGAGUCUGAGAUGCAACUUAUAGACUCUGCUGUGAAAUCUCUUAGGUCACUUGCAAAAGAAAGCCGUGAAAGGCGAGCAGCUUACGUGCAAUGUCGAACAGAUUCUGUUUUAGAGACUGUUAACAACCAUAAACUGGAGAUUGAAACUCUCGCCAAUUUGUCAUCUUUGACAGUGACAGAUGAGAAUGUUGCUGCUCCAGCUGGAUAUGCUGUAUCCGUUGUAGAUGAAAGCCUUACUGUUUAUCUCAACCUUCAAGGAUCUCUUUCUGCAGAAGCAGAACUUGAGAGGAUUGGGAAAAAGAAGGAUGAAAUUCAGAAGCAAAUGGAGAAGCUAUCUAAGAUGAUUAAUGCUUCUGGCUACAAAGAGAAGGUUCCGGCUCAACUUCAAGAAGAGAACGCGGCAAAGCUAAAGUCCCUUGAGCUGGAGUUUUCGUCUCUUGAACUAGCAAGCGAGCACAUUCAGUCAGUGUCAUCUUAAGGCACAUGCUUAAAAAAAUUAAAUAAAUAAAUAAAUCUCAAAUUUAUAUAUUUCUUCAAAAAAUUAUAUUGUUAGAUUCAUUUUUCUUGAGAAAUAUAAGUCUUUUAAUUGUUUUGGAAAUCUCAAUAACAAAUCAGAAUUUUGUAUUAAAUUAAUUAUUUAGGUCAAUACUUAUUUCAAAUUAAUUUUUGUUAUCAAA